AGAAACCACUCGGGUAGGCAACUUCAACUUGGUAGGCUGUGGGGUGUUGCUGGCAGUGAAGACGGAGAUUGUUUCACUGGGAGUCUUGUCUUCUUUCUUAGAGCUUCGGAACAAGCCACUAGAGGUAUAAACUAUACUUAUUAGAGUGAGGGACAACAUGGCUGUGAUGACGAAGUUUAUUCUUAUUCUCUCUCUGGUCGCUGUUGCACUUGCCAGCAGACAUAAAACGAAGAAUCAAGAGCUCAAAGCUGCCCGCCAUGAGUUGGUUAAUGCUAAGAAGGCUUUGGAGUCAUUGACAUACAGCAAAGAGGAGCAGAUCUACAGCAUCAAUGGAUACAGGCCGGAAGAUGUAGCAGAAACUAUCAAUGAUGUCGAUGAUAAGUGUAGCUCUCUCGAAUGCGCCCCUGGCAAGUCCUGCUUUAUCGAUAAUGACGGGGCUCCUUACUGCGAUUGUGCUGAAAUGUGCGUUGAAGACGACAGGGAUCCGUUCGUACGAGUCUGCAGCACGAACAACGUCACCUACCCGAGUCAGUGCGAGCUGUUCCGACAAAAGUGCGUCAACCCCAGAGAUAUGGACGGCGAACACUUGGACUAUUUUGGCCCCUGCAAAAUAAUGGAACAAUGCAACCCCAUCGACCUCAUCAACUUCCCUGAACGCAUGCGCACUUGGUUCUUGGAGGUCAUGCGCGACCUGGCUGAGCGAAAGGAAGAAAAUGGCGGUCUUGACGAUGAUGAGAAACGGCUCGAGGAGGAGUCUAUGGAUGAAGAUAAACCAUGGCGGCGCCCACUUCAUUGGAAGUUCUUCAACAUGGAUGUUUCACCGACAGACUACCACUUGAGCGAUGAGGAGCUACUACCCAUGCGCGCCCAACUUCUUCCCAUGGAACCUUGCACCGAUGCGUUCAUAGCCGGGUGCGAUACCAACGACGAUGAUCUGAUCUCCAUCAUCGAAUGGGGAAAAUGUAUGGGACUCACCGAAGAUGAAAUACAGUACUAAGUGCAGCAAACUUAUCUGAGAGUGCUAUUUUUUGGAACAACUCGUCAUUAUGGUGCUAACUGAAGUAUAAUUACUAUUACGUUUUUAGCUUGACCUUUUAACUUGUGCAUGCAUUGAAACAAAAAAACAAAAACACUGUUUUCAGCCAACUAAUCUUCAUAUUACUAAAACAUUGGUGGCAAAGUAGAUAAGAUGCUCCCCUUGCGUGAAUUUUGAAACUAUUAUUUGUAUUAUAAAAUAGCAGGCUGGAACUGUCCGUUUUUAUUUAAAGUCUUUUUUUAACCGAUGUUCAGAUUUUACCUCAAACAUUGUGCCCCAAAUUAUUUGUGUUAAUACGACGCCUUAAAUUGUUAUUUCAACUUUUUGGCUGCUACACAGUUUUGCAAAAUAAAAGUUGGUUCCGACUUUUACCAGAAUAGCUGUGUAUGCGUUUCUAGCAAUGAAGUUAUUGCCGGGGCUUUAAAUUUAAACUUGCAUCAUAGAACAGCUGUUUAGUGCAACUCCUAAACCUGCAUCCUGUAGUGUCGAAUGGUUUGAUGUUUUAGUUAAGUUUUAAUUAAAAUUCAGCAUUGACA